AUGCCCGUCCUGCCACAGCUAUUCCAUUGGCUUGGAAUAAUUGUGGUUCUCUAUACCCUUGCAAGCUCAGCUGUGGUCGAAGCCGUCCCCGGAAACGCAUUCAUGUUAUACACAAAAAAUGCCCGCAAGGCUAACCUGAAUCUCGACCUGAGCCCGGAGCUUGCCCGCCCAGUCGAUACCGAUUUGCAUCUAGCACCCGGUCCCCCAGCUUCACGCGAGGAACUCCGUGCUCAUGAUGACCCUGCCAAAAUUCUCGAUAAAGGAGGGCGAGACGCUCCCCCUGGUUACGGGAAGAAUCUGAUGAACCCUCUCCCAGACAUUGACCCGCUUGCCUUAAGCCUUGCACCCCUAGCACCAUACAUGCUAGCAGGUACCGGGAAGAUGCCGAUGGACCUUCGAGUCGACUCGCAAAUGGAAGUGAAUACCGCAGCUGGUGCACUUGUGACACGAGUACGAGAACCCACAGGCGCUUAUAGCAGCCAGCUUCCAGGCGUUAAGGCUGGACUCGACGUGAAGAUGGACACGCUAAAGACCCCAGCUAGUGCGCCCGUGACGCUAGUGCGAAGACCCGAGGCCGCUUCCAGCCAGCUUCCAGGCGUGGAGGCAAGCUCUUCAACCGUUCCAGCCGAUACUCGUGUCCCCAGAAAACAAGACACUCCUCGUGAUUCUAGCACAAAGGCGACGUCCUCUCGAUUGGGACAAGCAAUGCACAAACCUCAGUUGAUCUCAGAGCCUCGACCUCACCGGAUAAUCACACUUAAGACACAAUCACGACCAAAUGUCGCUUGCGGUCAACCUUCAAGUGACAAUGCACGCUCCUCAGUGGAACCAGUGAAAAUUGAAAAGAUUAAUCGAACGCGAGACGAGCUUCAGUCCCAGAAGACGCGUCAACAGCCCUCAGUGCGUACGGUAAUACAAUACAAUGACAAUCGAGAAUAUCAUUAUCAUACUCUGGUUACUGGAGAUUCACCGACAGAGCCACUGAAACCAGCCGCUCGGAUGCCUCAACCAAGUCCAAAUUUGAGCGUCCCCAGAUUGAACAAGAUACGUGUCAAGCUUUCACCAGAAUCCUUGACGGAAGCCGCGCCCCGCCUGUUGAAGAGUCAAACCAGUAAUUCCAAACGGGCUCUCGAGAGACCCACUGACCGUAACUUGCCCAGUAAGCGCCAGCAGACAAGCCCCGAAAUCACUCCACAAUAUCCAGGUUUCGAUCGUCGACGUCUUAAAUUCAGUACUGCGUAUCCUGAGAAUACGAGGUAUCCGACCAGUCUCGAUUUUAGACCCAUGACAGAGUAUCAUCCCGUUUCCAAUCAGGGGUCCACUGAACGCCCGCAGGCAAGCCCUGUAAUCAUUUUAAAUCAUCCCGCUUUCGAUCCUCGACGUCAUGCAUCCACUACUAGGUAUGCUGGGCAUCAUACCGGUUUCGAGAGUGAAAAUUUCACACUCACUAGUAAAUAUCAUCGCGCUUUCAAUCAGGGCCCCACGGAAUCCCGCUUGCGCAGUAAACGCCCGCAGGCAAUCCCUCAAAUCGCUUUGAAUCGUUUCGAUUACGAUUGUCGACGUCUUGCACCCAAUGCUAGGUAUUCUGGGCAUGAUACUGGUUUCGAGAGUCAAGAUGUUAAACCCACUCGGAGAUGUCAUCCCGCUUCCAAUCAGGAGCCCACUGAACUCAACUUGCGCAGUGAACGCCCGCAUGUAAGCCCGGAAAUGACUUUGUAUCAUUCCGGCUUCGAUCCUCGACGCCUUGCAUCCAAUUCUGGGAAUACUAGGCAUACUAGGUAUCAUUCCGCUCUUGAUGGUGAAGGUUUUACACCCAUGGCUGAGUAUCAUCCCGUCUUCAAUUUCGGAAUUUAUGAACCCAAUACGAGGAAUCGUCCCGGUUUCAAUGGCGAAAGUCUCAGAGUCGAUGCUGGGAAUCAACCCGGCUCCCACCGUGGGUCUUUUGCACUCAAUGGCCCUUCAAGUCCAUCCUCACCUUAG